UCGCACGCAAUUCUCGGUCUAAAAAAACUGGACCUAAAAAUUCUAGAACUGGCAAAACCGUUUCUCAUAAUUCAGGGGAUUAUUAUCGCUCUUUACUAUUGCAGCAACAAAAAGACAAUCAUGAAAAGGAUCCCCUAUUAUCAGAACCUGAGAUGAAUGAAUCAGAUGAUGAAGAAACGGAGGAUAGUGGCAGAAAUGAUGAUAAUCAAAUAGAAAAUCCUGAUCCUGAAGAUGAAGGCUUCGAAGUUUACGAUUCUGAAGGAGACGAUCUUGAACACACGGAGACCACGCCUCAAAGAUCUCUAUCAGAUAUUACCAACACGAUGAAUUCAGAAAGAUCAAGAAGCAAAAAAAGUAAAGUUAUCAGGCGAGAGCAAUCAAAAAACCUCCGUUCCUUAACAUGGCGCCGACAAGUGGACAAUAAUUUUAAAGCAAUUAACAAAAAUUUACAAAAGCUGUCGCGAAAUAAUAAUUUAGGGAGCCACCGUCAAUCUUCAGAAAAACCAGUUAACAGUACAUCUGAAAUUCCAGAGUUGGUAGAAAAAGUCACUGUUGAGGAUGACGUAGAAUUUACAGAGAUUGACGGCAUACGUUUUGAUCCUGAACAAUACGCAAGCGUAUUGAUGGCAGGUACCAUGCAGGCUAGAGCUGGACGGGUGAUGAAUGUAGUGUGGACACGUGAACAAAUGAAAAAAUUAUAUCUAUCACAGGCUAAGGUACAAGGAGAGUUUUCUCAAGUAACCCAGCAAGAAAUAAGCAAAAUAAAAAGAUUAUGCAAGUACUUACAGAAAAAAAAUCCUAUUUCAUUAACUUCACGUGAUGAUAUAGAUAAAUGUAUCAAAAAAUGGAUUAGCGACAAGUUACGUGAAGUAAAAAGAGGACCAAGAAAUCAACGUCGUUCACAAGAUUAAAAAUUUAAAUUCUAUUUUUAUACCUGAUAAUUAAUAGAUUGA